AUGUCUCUCUUUGGUUCAAACAAUUCUGCUGCUUCUAUACCUUCUGGUGGGCUGGGGUUUACUUUUGGAGCUCUGCAAAGCACCCAGCAGAAACAAGAAAGUCAGGGCACGCAAGGCCCAUCUCUUUUUGGUCAGUCAUCUCAGCAGCAGAAUCAACAGCAACAGCCUAAUUCAAAUCUGCUGACCAUGGCAACCUCUGCUUUUGAGAAAAGUACUAACCUCACAUCCAAUACUUCCUCAAUUAGCCCUGAGGGAUCAUCUGGAAAGGUGUUGAAGGACCUUUUGGAAUCUGCAAGCAACUUGCCCAAAUUGGACUAUAACAGCCUCGGUACGAUCAACUUGCCCUUGAAUGAAUUGCGGAAUCGCACGAAGCUCUUAUCAAAAAAUGAGAGCGAGGCUGGAUUUACUAAAGCACAUUACCUUCUUUCUGGUAGUGGCAUAAAUGCUGGCGACAUUGAAGUCGAAUUGAAUAACAUUCGUGGACUCGCUCCUUCUUCAAGGCAGACUAAGCAGCUCCAUGAACUACAAGCACAGCAAGAGCAACAGCAAAAGCCAUCAGAUAAACCUUCGCAAGAAGACAGACUCGUGGCGCGUGAGGCCGUUCAAUCCCCUGCCCUUACUACUGGCAUCAAUAAUAUUGAGAAUUAUCUUCGUGCUAAGAAAGACGAAAAUAUUUUGAAUGCCAUAGAGCUGUCACUUGUCACUGCUUCUCGUGACUUUGAUAAUUUCAUUGCGAAGAAUAUCACUAUAGACUGGAGAGUACGCAAGGAUCACUUGAAAAGAAGUCUAGGCAUUCCAGUGAAAACCAAAAUAAGCCCCGAAGAACUCUCCAAAUCAUUUACCUGGAAUCAGUCACAACCUGGUAAUUAUCGCAUAUUGACUCCUUUGAAGCAAAAAGCAGGCACUUCAUCUAGUGUUCGUCAUUUUACCCGUGAAAAAUUCGAGAGUCAUGCUAAAUUAAUCUAUCUGCUCAAUGAAGCCAGGUUAAAGCAGCUACCCUUUCCAAUUGCAUCAAGCUUUGAAGAGGUAAACAAAGCAAAUCAGGAUCUCAAAUCAAAGCAAAUGGCCGACACGUGGAAGGUGAUUGCAAACUUGACAGACGAAAAGUUUGUGAAACAUAAUCAAGAGCAGGCGUUCUACGAGGAUUAUCAAAACAAAAAGGACUGUAUUUCUUUGAAGAAACGUAUUGUUGCUAACUCAAGAUCCUGUUUGGAAAAACAGUUCUUUGACUACAUGGACGAAUUCUAUACAAAAGAUGACCAGAAAAUCCCCGAAUACAGCGUCCCUAGCAACAUCAAUAAAGUUUCUCACUUCAUCUCAAAGGUUAUCGGCAAAAAGAAUGGCAAUGAAGUAUCGCAGCAAACACUUCAAGUAAAUGGGGUUCCCAUCUGGGCGCUUAUCUACUACCUCAUGCGCAGUGGUCUCUACAAUGAGGCUGUUCAGCUCACGAACCAAAGACGGGAGCUUUUUGAGAAGUUUGACAAAAACUUUCCAGUCUACAUAUCGGCGCAUGUGAGAAAUCAAUGUUUCGGCUUGCCUGCAACUCUACAAGAAAGAUUAUCCUCUGACUUCAACCAGACCUUUCAAUUUUUGGAUGAGAAGUCACCCAACUUCGAUCCCUACAAGUAUGCGGUAUACAAAGUGAUUGGCAAGUGCGAUUUGGCCAAGAAAAGUCUUCCGGCAGCAGUCAAUCUUAGCAUAGAAGAAUGGUUGUGGUUCCACUUAAAUCUCAUAAAUGAGUUCAACUUUGACGCAUCCUCGAGUUUGAUUUACGAAAAUUAUAGACUCGAAAACCUCCAGAAGAAAGUCUUGGCCAUCGGCCCAGAAAAAUUGAACGCUUCUUCAAAUAAUCCCGUAUACCUUAAGACAUUGACGAUGAUUGGGUUGUAUGAGCUUGCGGUGAAGUACGCCUACGAAAAUAUCAAUGAGUGUGAUGCAGUCCACUUUGCGACUGGAUUGUGCUAUUAUGGUUUGCUUAGAGUGACAAGUCAACCAACUGACGACUUGUUGACAUUGAAUGGAUCUGAUGAGUAUGAGAUCAAUUUAAGCAGAAUUCUUGGUUCGUAUACCCGGAGUUUUAAGAUAAGUGAUCCUAAGGUCGCUGUUCAAUACUUAGUUCUCAUCUGCAUGGCAAAGGGUGGAAAGUCUACUGAGGAGACUGCUAAAUGUCAUGAGGCUUUGCGAGAGCUUAUCCUCAUUACUCGUGAGUUUACUUUGCUUUUAGGCGAGCUCAAUGAGGUGACUGGGGAGAAACUGCCUGGUAUUCUUGAGAAGCAACGGUCGCUUAUUGGGUUGGCCGACUUAUCCAGCUUCCAGCGUACGAUCGUUGACGUCAGUGCUUCAAGGUGUGAAGAAGAGGGAAGAGUAUUCGAUGCACUUCUUCUUCACCAAUUGAGCCAGGACUACAACGUUGUUGUACGUCUCAUCAAUCAAUAUGUUAGUGAGACGUUAUCAAUGUCUGAAUUAGACAAACCAUUACUUUCUGAGAAGAUCCCAUCUGGCGGUGAGGGACAACUGCAGAGCAGUGAGAAUAAUUUCAUCCUGCGCAGCAAGCACAUUAUGGGCAUUUACAACAACAACAGCGCAAUCUUGGAAAAGGUAUCUCCAGAAGUAAAGAAGGUCAAUGAUGCUUUGUUGCAGAUUGUCGAUAUACGUGAAAGCUUUGCAGCCAGAAAUUGGCGCGACAGUUUAAGCGCUCUUCAAAAAUUACCAUUCUUUGCGGCUCUCAACAGCAAUGAUUUUGUGGAGGUGAGAAACUCAGCGGAGUCUUUGACAAGCUACCAUGUCGCUCUUGUUCGGGUGAUUCCUUCGUUACUAGUGAUGAUUAUGACGAGUGUCGCCCAGCUCACCCACAACAUAAAGUCCAAACGCUUUGGCUCGUUCGGCGGUGAAAAGGAUGAGUUGGCAUAUCUCCGAAAGAUUGCCAAAAACUGCGUCGUCUACGCUGGACUAGUCCAGUACCGAAUGCCUCGAGAGACAUACAGCUUGCUUGUGAACCUCGAGCUGCAACUCUAG